AUGGUUCGAGCCACCGGUCUCUGCGGCUCAGACCUACAUUACUAUCACCAUGGCAGGAAUGGCAACUUCGUCCUCCGCCAGCCAUUAGUUCUCGGACAUGAAUCUAUCGGCGAGGUUGUUGGCGUUGGGCCGCCAUCGAAGACAUCAUCGUCAUCAUCUACUUCGCCCGGCUCGCCAGCACAUAGCUUCAAGAUAGGAGACCGCGUGGCUCUCGAAGUUGGCCUACCGUGUCGGAAAUGCCUCCAUUGCCGUCAGGACAGGUACAACAUUUGCCGGUCCCUAAAAUUUCGCAGUUCUGCGGCUGUAUUUCCUCAUCUUGACGGCACCCUGAUGGAUGUCACCAACCAUCCGGCCGCAAUGUGCCAUAGACUGCCUCCGUCCAUCUCGGACGUACAGGGUGCUCUACUCGAGCCCCUCGCCGUCUGUCUACAUGCGAUUAAUCGCUCUAACCCACCAACAGCAGAGGACGUAGCACUUGCUAAGUCCGUCGCGGCUGCGAACGGUGGCGCCGCCUCAGACAGCGAGACUGCAGCCCUGAUAUUCGGCGCGGGCGCCAUUGGUCUGCUUCUUGCAUCUGCUCUGGCUAUCACGCAGCAUUUCACGACGAUCGUAGUGGCAGAUAUCAACUCCGCACGAUUAGAAAUCGCCUCGUCACUCCCCUUUUCCUGCAUAAAAACGUUCAAACUAGCGAGCCCCAACUGCACACCUACAUCCACCCCUGCAGAGGACGAUGUAACUGCAAAAGGCUUCGCUUCGGCUCUUCGAGAGGAAUUUGGGCUCGUCCACGGCUACUCUCGCGUGUUCGACUGCACAGGCGUCCCGAACUGUGUACGUGCAGGCAUCUAUGCUUCUUCAGCUGGUGGCGCAGUGAUACAGAUCGGUAUGGGAGGCCCAAGCCUCCCGACCAUCCCGUUGUCUGCGUCCGCGCUGCGAGAGGUUGACCUGAUCGGCGUCUUUCGCUACGAUGGUCGAUGUUACCCGGCAGCCAUCGAGCUGGCCUCUUCCCACGUUUUUGACGUUGUGGCGGCGAAAGUCGUUACGCAUGCCGUCGAGCUCGGCGAGGAUGGAGGGCAAAGGGCGUUUAAGCUGGCUGCCUCUGAUAAAGACGACGAUGGUAAGACGGUAGUUAAGGUUGUUGUUAUGAGUGGAAAGAUGGAUAGUCAUGACUCGGUAUAA